AUGACGGCAGAAGAUUCAGCUGCUGAAAAGAAGCGAAAUCGGUUGGAAGCUUGGAAACGGCGGAGGCAGCAACAGGCAGUGCCAGCGGCAACAACUGCCAAUGGACAGGCGCUUCCACCACCUCCGCCUCCCAAACCCGCUGUCAAAGUUUCUCUGUCCUUAGCCAAGGGCAAGAAACGAAAGAAUAAGGAAACCAAAGUCAUCUCGGCUCCCAAACCAAAGAAGCCGAUUAAUCCGUUUGGAACAGUGGAUGAUGAUGACGAUGAUGAAUCUGAUGACGAAGGUGGAAAUCGAAAGGGAAAACUCUCCUUGGGUCUUGGAUUCUCCCUCGACACCGAGGAAGAAAUGCAAGAGCCUUCCCCCAAGCGACGAAAACGAGGUCGAUGGGACAGUAAAGAAGAUGAGCGCAAGCCCUCUCCCUCCAAGAAAGCGCCUGGAGAUGCCUUGGACAAAUUCAUGGAAAAGCUAGAGGCAGGAGCAAUGGGAAAUGUAACAACCCAAGUUUCCGAAACGAACGGUCAAGAAAUGCUAACCAUUGAUGUUGGUGGCAGUAUGAUGCGAGUUCCUAAACUCGUCAAAUCAGAUCCUGUCACACCAUCUUCGGGUGGAGUCAUUACGGCCGAUCAGCUGGCGAAGCUAUCUUCGAAAAAGCCGAAACCCUCCAAAGAUCCGGACGCACUCUACACGGCAAGUGACUGGGAAAGCGACCAGCAAGGUAAUACCAGUGCUAGCGAACCCGAGACGGACGACGAGGAAGAAGAAAAGGCGCGUCGUGCCUUUAUUGAAGCGUUGAAGUCGACUCCUGGACCAGCAACCGAAGCGGAUGUAGAAGAGUCUAAACCAUUCCUUGCAGCGGAAGUCAGGAGUGAGAAGCAGCGACGAGAGCAACGACUUAAGGAGUUGGAGCGCGAGGCUGAAGAAGCACGGUCAUCGGCACAGGCCGCCGCGGCGCCGGAAUUUGGUCGGCUGUACAAUGAUACCGAAGGCGGGGUUAUGGAAGAAGCCGAGCGGAAUCUCGAUGCAGCCAUGGCUGCUCCGGAUGCGCUACAAGUGCUAGCAGAGUUGAACAAGAAAAAAGAGCUCAAGGCCGUGGACCACUCCCGAGUGGAAUACCUCGAUUUCAAAAAGAAUUUGUACAUUGUCCCUCGUGCCCUGGCCAAGUUGAGUCAUGAUGAAGUUACCAAUAUUCGAGGGAAGCUCAAGGUCAGGGUUCGGGGUCACGGGGCUCCCGCUCCAGUGUCGACCUUUGAACAAUGUGGAUUGUCCGAACGCAUCUUGACGGUCAUGCAAAAACAAAAGAUCACUGCCCCUUUUCCGGUACAAGCGCAAUGCUUGCCUUGUAUCAUGGCUGGGCGUGAUGUGAUUGGAAUUGCCAAAACUGGUAGCGGAAAGACACUGGCCUAUCUACUACCUAUGCUUCGUCACAUUCAAGAUCAACCAGGGUUGGCACCUGGCGAGUCAGGACCCAUUGGAUUGGUCUUGGCACCCGCUCGAGAACUGGCAUACCAGAUUCACUUGGUGUGCAAGAGUUUCACGAAACAGUUGGGUCUCAAGACGACUGCUGUCUAUGGUGGAGCUGGUGUCGCAGAACAAAUCGGCGAUUUGAAGCGAGGAACACACAUUUGCGUGGCAACUCCUGGUCGGUUGAUUGACAUUUUGACUAUGCAGUCAGGAAAGAUUCUAUCGCUGGGACGUGUCACUUAUGUGGUCAUGGACGAAGCUGAUCGAAUGUACGAUAUGGGAUUUGCUCCCCAGAUCUCGGCUAUUUUGACAGCAGUGCGACCGGAUCGUCAAACGGUGCUAUUCUCGGCUACCUUUCCAAAGUCUGUGGAAAACUUGGCUCGAAAAUCUCUCAAGUAUCCCAUCGAAGUCAUGAUUGGCGGUCGAUCUGUGGCAUCUGAUACGAUAACUCAAUAUGCAGAGCUGGUCGAAGAAGACGACAAAUUCUUGAGACUUUUGCAACUACUUGGAGAGCAAGUGGAUGAAGAGAAGAAAGCCAUUGUAUUUGUGGACACCCAAGUCAAGACAGAUGCACUUUUCGAACAAUUACUUCGAAGCGGGUACAGCACGCUAUCUCUUCACGGCGGCAAAGAACAAGAAGAUCGUGAUUCCACAAUCUCUGAUUUCAAACGCAAAGAUGGGCCAAGUGUCCUUGUCGCUACAGGUGUUGCCGGUAGAGGUUUGGAUGUCCCUUCGGUCCGCUGUGUGAUCAACUUUUCGUGCCCCAAUCACUUGGAAGCAUACGUCCAUCAAGUGGGUCGUACUGGACGUGCUGGAAAGAAAGGUUUUGCAUACACAUUGGUGAAUCCAACCGACGAGGCCAAGUUUUCACCCAAUAUUGUGCGAGCUUUGACCGAAUCCGGUCAGAUUGAGAAUAUUGAGCCUGCUUUGAAGGAAGUUUCGGAUAGUUUCAAGGAGAAGGUAAAAAAUGGCGAAGCUAGAUGGGCUGGAUCUGGCUUCAAGGGCAAAGGGUACACAUACGAUGCCUCGGAGAUGAACGAAGCACAAAAGUUUGCUCAUUUGGAGAAGCGAAAGGCUCUCAUCGAAGCAGGAUUACUCGAUCCAGAUGAUGAAGACCCAAUGUCUGCCGAGCCAAGUGCCGCCCAAAUGGAGGAGGAUUUGGAUGCGAUGGCCAGUUCGGGUGGUGCUGGAGGUGAUAAUGCUAAACAAAAGGAAGCUUCUGAAGCUGAAAAGGCACUUGAUCUGCAGACAAAAUUAACACCUGAACUACUUGCUUUGCCUGGUAUGAAAGAUGCUAUCUUGCGUCGUGCUGGAAUCAUCAAGGAGACGACCGAAGACCCAUCACUUGGCCAUCCAGUGCAAAUGGGAUCCAACCACUUUGUGCAAGAAUUCGAAAUCAACGAGUAUCCGCGAGAAGCGAGAUGGAAGGUCACGCAAAAAGAGACAACAUCGCGUCUUCAAGAUGAAUUUCAGACUGCAGUUACGCUCAAGGGUGAAUACUUUGGAUCUGGAAGAAAGCCAGAGGGUCAACAAAGAAAACUAUACCUACAUUUGGAGGCUACGAGCGAACGGGUGCUUGAGAACUGUGUCUUGGAGAUCAAAAGAUUACUCAAUGAAGAAACGCUGCGAGUGGGGGCAAAAGGUGGUAGUAGCCACAAAUAUAACGUGCUCUAG